AUGGUAUCGUACGGCCUCUCCUAUUUCCUCGAAGACAUGACGGGCAAACUCACCGGCUCCGAGUUCGUCGACAUCUACGGACGCAUGAGGCUCACCCUCCGCCGAACAACACUCGACACCACCCGCGCCGCGUAUAUGAUCUUCAACACCACGUCGUCGCCCAGCUACUCCCUCCACGCGACGACGAAACCCCUAGCUGCUCUCGACUUCGGACCAAAUAACACGCUAGGCACGAUCAACUUUCCGCCGAACGUGUGCAUCCCUAUGCAGAAGUACCUGACCAAGACUUCCUCGGGAUCCUCCAAGUCGCGGCGCUUCCGAGCCUCGGAUGGGCAGGAGUACUGCUGGACCUAUCGGGGACAGAUGGAUCAAGAAUGGGCUUGCACGAACUCCAGCGGCCACGUUGUCGCGUAUUACAGCCUGAAGCCGCAUGGAGAACCCGAGUACGCUGGGUCCUCCGGCUGUUCGCUUACGGUAGAAGAAGCGUACCCUCAUCUCGCUCCCGAAUUCUUAGCCUCGCUGCUCAUCAUGCGGCACAUUGCCGCCCACAAUCUAUGA